CUUUGGGCGCAGACGCCGCUCCUCUCCUGUUUCCAGGUGCUGCUCUGGUCCCUCCCGCUCUCCGUACAGGAAUGUGCGGAGAGCAUUACGUCAGUUCAGGCUUCCACAGGACAGAGAGCACCUCCGCCCGCUGCUCCUCCGCUGCUCCUCCGCCGCGGAGCCUUUUAAACCCUCUCUGUGUUUUCCUCUGGUCUCCUGUCGGGAGUGUGUGAGUCUCGGUCGGACAACGGAGAGGAAUGAAGCCGUGUCGCAGCUCUCCUGCUUCACGACGAGAAACUAGAGACAAAAUCUGAAACUCGACGAGACUCUCCGAGAAUAGAUGGAGGGACCAGAAGGUUCAGAUAAUUGCUUGUGUGUGGGCUGUGGAGGAAAAAUCCAGGACUCGUUUCACAUGAAAGUCCUCCAGGACAUCUGGCACAACGCCUGCUUUCAAUGCUCCGUGUGUUGUGACCACCUGACUAACUGGUACUACGAGAAGGAUGGAAAACUGUACUGUCGCAAACACUACUGGGAGAAGUUUGGGGAGCUCUGCCACGGCUGCUCUCUGCUCAUGACUGGACCUGCCAUGGUGGCCGGAGAACACAAGUAUCACCCCGAGUGCUUUGUAUGUCUGAGGUGCAUGGUCGUGAUUGAAGACCGGGACACCUACGCCUUAGUGGAGCGAUCGAAACUUUACUGUGGAAAGUGCUACAAGCAGGUGGUCCUCACACCAAUGUUGGAGAAGCGUUCACAUGACUCGGUGCUCGACUCCCUGCCCCACACAGUGACCCUAAUCUCCAUGCCCUCCGCAGCCAACGGCAAGAGGGGCUUCUCCGUCUCAGUGCUGAGGGACGUCAAUGGUUCAGCGAGCAUCAUAGUCAAAGAGGUCAGAGGGAUGCUUAUUAGUCCAGAAGUCCGAAAUGCCAUCCAUGUUGGAGAUAGGAUCCUGGAGAUCAAUGGCCUUCCAGUGGGGACGUUGAUGGAGGAGGAGGUUGACGAUCUUAUCCAUCGCACCAGUCAAACUCUUCAGCUGCUUAUCGAGUAUGACCCAGUCAGGCAGCGUUUGGAUCGCCUCAGACUGGGAUCACCCAGGAGCCAGACGCUGGGAGUCCCUGCCACCUCCCGCAUGCGUCUGUCCUCACCUUCUGAUGCAGUCCUGGAGAGAACGGAUGUAGUUGAUGAAGGCACACUGAAGAGGAGAUCUUUGAGGAGGAGUAACAGCAUAUGUAAGUCACCAGGACCAAAUUCUCCCAAUGAGAUGUCAUUUAUUGCUCGAGACAUCGGUCGCUCUGAGUCCUUGAGAUCGUCCAAUAGCUGCUCUCAUCGCAUCUUCCGCCCAUGUGACCUCAUCCACGGAGAGAUCAUAGGAAAAGGUUUCUUCGGACAGGCAAUCAAGGUGACUCAUAAAGCCACAGGAGAGGUGAUGGUGAUGAAGGAGCUGCUCCGCUGUGAUGAGGAGACGCAGAAAACAUUCCUGAAGGAGGUCAAAGUAAUGCGGAGCCUUGAUCACCCCCACGUUUUGAGGUUCAUUGGCGUGCUGUACAAGGACAAGAGGCUCAAUUUGAUAACUGAGUUUAUCGAGGGAGGCACCCUGAAGGAUUUCAUCAGAGACACUGACCCAUUUACAUGGGAGCAGAGGGUGAGCUUUGCAAAGAGCAUCGCCUCUGGAAUGACCUACCUUCACUCAAUGAGCAUAAUACACAGAGACCUCAACUCUCACAACUGCCUGGUUAAACUGGAUAACACUGUGGUCGUUGCUGACUUUGGACUCUCUCGACUCAUCGUAGAGGACAAAGUCAAGCCCCCAUCUGAAAAAACGCCCAAUAAAAAGAGGAUUUUCAGGCGUAGUGACAGAAAGAAGCGGUACACUGUUGUGGGAAACCCUUACUGGAUGGCCCCAGAGAUGCUGAAUGGUAAACGCUACGAUGAGAAGGUGGACAUUUUCUCCUUUGGAAUUAUGCUUUGUGAGAUCAUUGGAAAAGUCUAUGCAGACCCCGAGUGCCUCCCCAGGACGCUGGACUUUGGCCUGAAUGUUGGCAAGUUUGUGGAGAAGUUCCUCCCAGAAGACUGCCCACCAGCUUUCUUCCCACUGGCUGUGGCUUGUUGCGACCUCACACCAGACAACCGUCCACCUUUCCAGAAGUUGGAGGACUGGUUCGGGGCGCUGUCCUUCAACCAGGAACUUGGGAUCCCCCUGCCAGCCGAACUUGAGGAAGUGCAUCAGAGACUGAGUCAACUCCACUGGCCUAAAGACGGCUCUCCAUUGCCAAGCACAGAUCAGCCGUCAACCCCAACAGCUGCCUCUCCAGAAUCUUCCAGCGUGACAGACAACAGCACCUAGAACCUGUGUCUCCCUCUGAAAUGCUGCACUAAUACUGUGGAUGUGAAAAAGAGGAAAAAUGAAUUGAACCCGAGCCAAUUUAGAACUGGAUAAUCUCUGAGGUAGCUGGACCAAUUUUCUCCCCGUUUAGGAUGUUAACUGCAUUGUGAGCAGAAAGAUGCAUUUCACCAAGUUAGGGUUAGUGUGAUCAGCCAUAGUGUUAGUUACUGAUUCUUUUAUUUAACCCCUUGCCCCAUUCAACACACGCAGGGUUGUACUAAUGUUUACUGUGUUUAAAGACAAAAUACAACUUUUCUUGACCCUUUCUCCGACAGAGGACGAGCAUCUUUGUAAGGUGGAUAUUCACAAUGAGUCCUCGUGUUACAGCAGUUUUGUUUUUCUGGCUGUGAAGUUGUUGUUUGCCAGAUCACUCCUCGCCAAAUUAAAUAACUGGGCAGGGCUCGAUGAGUAACUGUAGGCGGCAGUCAAAGUAAAACAAACACUGAUCCAGAAUAGUUUCAUCACUCUGAGAUUUGGCACAAGAUGGCAAAGGAAUGUUUAGAUUUUUGGGGGGGUCUAAGCACAACUGAUCGAUUUAUUUUAUUUUGACGAAAUGGUUACAAGUUUAUUUUCUAGUCUAAUGAUUUUAAUUCCUUUCUUAGAAUUUAGAUUUUGACAUGUUUCUAUUAAACCCCUGAUGAAGCUCCUCUGGAACAGAAGAGCUGUUUUAAUGAUCGUUAGACGUAACCAUGACCAUGAAAAUUUGCCUUGUACAGAAAACUGGAUUUUUUUUCUGAAGCAAUGUGUAUAAAUAUGUAUAUAUGCCUUUAAUUGGACGUCAUUUUCUAAUGGGAACUCUAGAAUUUUAGACAUUUUGUCAACAAUGGAACGUUUUUUUGCCUUUUUUGGUCUCAUCAUGCAAGGUACUUAAGACCUGUUGUAACCACUAUUAUUUAUAUCACUUUAGUGUUUCAUAAAUAAACCUUGAGAAAGAUGUGACUUGUCAUUGUUAUUAGUAUUUUGCAUUUCACGAAACCUGAAGAAUCAUGUCUUCUGUCAAAACGAUCAAAGUCAAAUCAUUUAUAGAUCUGUGUUAACAUUGAAGAGCACACUGCAGGGCAUCUGAGCUCACAGGAAAAUGACCAACUGAAAUGAUCAUAUUUUUAAAUUGAUUGAUUCACUAAUGACCCAGUUCUGAUUCUGACAAAUUAAUAAAUACUUGUAUAUUCACCUGUAA